AUGGAUCAAGAUGCAUUCAGAAAGCUGCUGGCGACUCCAAGAGCUCCUUCCUCUUCACAGACUCCUGCUACGCCACGAACACAGCAACCAGAAAAACAGCAAAAAGAUAACGAUGGAUUCGCCAAACCAGCUCCAAAGAAAAAGGCCUAUGUAAAACCCAAAUCCAAAGAAGCAGUAGACGACGAAUCAUCAGACAGCAUUACGUACCGUGACCGAGCUAAGGAAAGACGUCAGGGAGUCAAUAUCGACUAUGCAGAUUCUGAGCAAAUGCUCGCUGUCCUCGAAGCCAGCAACCACUCUCAGCCAUCCGCUAUCGUCGCAUCCACACCAACGCUCGUAACCAGUCUCGAUCAAGCAAAAACAGCCCUUGUACGUGAACAGACCAAAUUCCUGGGCGGUGAUGUCGGCCACACACAUCUCGUGCGUGGGCUGGACAAGACGCUGCUGGAUAAAGUCAGGAAGGAGAUUGGACUUACCGAGGAUGAGAAAUCGAAAGAGGAGGAAGCAAAGGCGUAUAUAGAGACCCUGCAUGGCGAUGGUGGGAAGGUGGAGUUUAAUUCGCGGUUUGCGGAACGAGUGUAUACGCUUGCUGUCAAGACGCCAAAGGAGGGUAUACCGUUACGAAAUGAUUUGUUUCUGGAGGGACGUAUGGCGUUUCUGUGGGAUUUGGGGAUGGGAGAGGGGAAGGAGUAUAUUGGGAGUACGGAUUUGCCUACGGUGGUGAUUCGUAGUAAGGCUGAUGUCAAGGACUUUGAUCGCAAAAUGCAAGCAUCAAGCCACGAGAUUGUCAUUGAUAAGAUCCAGCAAGUCAUGGCAUUGCGUGGUAUAAUGGCAGGUGACUCGACUAGCACGACUGGCACGUCAAGUGAAAAGAAGCAAAUCAAACGACGAGAUAAGGAGAGGGCCAAGCAGCAGCAAUUAAAGCAGGAAGAACCUAAACCUCUACCUGCUGCGAUGGAUGUUGAUGACGAUGGAGACAUUUUCGCUGGUGUAGGCCGCGACUACUCACUAACCAUCGACGACUCACGGACCAAACACCCCACCGACCCAACACCACCAUCCACCAAACCAAAAUACUUUGACGACGACACAGAUAUGACAGACACCGACGCAUCACCAGCACUAGACACCCUCCUGCAGCAAUCCGCGAAUAUGGUAGACACCAUCUUGGGCGCCGGAACCUCAACGAAAAUGGUUGGAGCUACGAGUACGCCAAACGAGUAUGGCGCGAUACCGUCGCAUACCCAUGUGCCCAUCACGCCCAAGAAACGUUUGUUAGAGGAGGAAGGACGUUUAGAUGAGGAUCAGAUGGCGAUUGAGACGUCGAGGCAGAAGAAACUUGUUAGGAUGGAUGUGGAGGAUUUGGAUUCGGAGUCCGAGGGGGAGGAGGAUGCGGUUAAGAAGCCGAGUAUAUUUGAUAAGGCGGGUGGUAGUAGUGAUGGUGGAUUUAAGAAGCCUAGUGGUGAUGGUAGUUUCAAGAAGGGUGUGAAAGAAUCUGGCAAAGAGCCUGGGAAGGGUAAGCCAGACAAGAAGAAAAAGUUUAAUGCUGAGUAUCAGCAGGUUGAGAAGCUGAUGAGUCAAAAGUAUGGGCAGAAGCUAGGUAAAUAA